UGAUCUAGAAUAUAUUUGUACACUUCAUGUUCUAUGAAAUUUAUGCACUUCAUGUUCUUUAUUUUUCACAAUUGACAAGCCAUGACCACAGUCUUGUAGGUGAUUUUGGUUUUGAUCCCUUGGAGCUUGGAAAAGAUCCAAAAAACCUAAAAUGGUAUGUUCAGGCAGAACUUAUUCAUGCCCGGUUUGCAAUGGCUGGUGUGGCAGGCAUUCUUUUUACUGAUUUACUUCGUCUAGCUGGGUUGAAAAACAUACCUCUAUGGUAUGAGGCAGGUGCUACAAAGUUUGAGUUUGCUAAUACAGAGACCCUCUUUAUUGUUCAACUCAUUUUGAUGGGAUUUGUAGAAACUAAAAGAUACAUGGAUUUUCUCGAUCCUGGUUCUCAAGCUAUGGAAGGCACAUUUUUUGGUUUGGAGCCAGCUCUUGAGGGUCUUGAAAUUGGGUAUCCAGGUGGACCUCUUUUCAAUCCUAUUGGGUUGGCACGAGAUGUUAGAAAAUCCCAACUUUUGAAGCUCAAAGAGAUAAAAAAUGGUCGGUUGGCUAUGGUUGCUAUGGUUGGAAUUAUGGUACAAGCUUCUGUAACACAUACUGGUCCUAUUGACAAUCUUGUCACUCACCUAUCAAAUCCUUGGCAUAACACCAUCAUUCAAAAUCUUGCAAAUAACGGGGCUUGAUUUUGCUUUGAAGUGAUAUGAAUUCUUGAUUAAAGUGAAAACUCACUAGAAAAUGAUUUUGGGAUGAUUGGUUUUCUAUCUUCGACAAGAAAGGUAAUAAAUAUGGGGAUUUUGAUUGGUAAACAAAUCUUGGAAGAUUUUUUUCUUCUAUAAUUGCAGUUAACAAACUUGAUCUGUUACCAAAAGGAUGCUUGAAUUUGAAGAAGAAAAUUCAAAUUUGUCACU